CUACGGAAAUGUACUAACGCUCUGCUGCUUCCAUUGCCUGCUCGUUGGUUAUAGAAACUGUUUAACACCCUUCAUUGAGCUGGGAGCGUCAACAAGCUUGAAAAGAUCGCCCUACCUGGUUAAACACUUCAACCUAUAGGAUCAAUAAGUAAAGAGGAGUUAACGACGGAUAGGCUGUAGUUUUAUAUAGUUCACUACUUCCUAUACUCGCUCGCCAGCUUGCAGCAUAGCUUCUCGUAGAAACAGCGGCGUUGCAGCAAACUCCUGUCUUCAUUUGUAGUGUCUGCACAUCAUGCUGGGCGCAAGAGACAGGAAGGGCAUCUCACGGGACAAGAUGGACGUCGAAUCCUUAGAGCAGGAGAAUGACCGGGAGCUUGACCACCUGGCGGACCGAGUAGCGCUCUUGAAGAAUGUAACGCAUGGAAUCAAUAAAGAGGUUGGCGACCAACACAAGCUGCUGGAUAAUAUGGACGGCAGCUUCGCUAACGUUGGAGGCUUCAUGGGCGCAGUAGCCGACAAGUUCCGCGUGGUGUACAAUGACAAGGCAAACAAGCGCUUCAUCUACGGGGUGGUUGCCUCGGUCACGGCAUUGUUCCUGGUGUGGUACCUCAUCUUUAAGUAGCGACCAGGGCGAGGAAGCGCGGUGUGUGACCCACGGGUCAGUGUCGGGCGGGAGACCUUAGGUCGGACCCUUGAGUAAGGAUACGACGCGCCAUAUGGCCGUAGCCCGGGUUUCAGUGCAGAACCCAAAGCUGCAUGUAGACAAUACCAAGCUGCAGUACAGGAGGCCUCUGCAAAUGGUGGGGGCCUUCGGACACAGUCGACAAGUCAGUUUUGUCGAUCCUCCCUGUGAUAGGCGGAAACUGCUUCAAUGUCUAUCAAGGCGUCAGCAUUCAAUGCACAUGAGGCUAGUAGUGAUGGCCUUGUGGCGCCUGCUGUCGCCAGGUUGCCGCACAAGGCGCUUAAUGAGGAUGGAAUGGACGCUUGAUUUGGGCGCGAUUGGUUGACGACUGGUAGGCUGUCUGCCGCUUCUAUGACCGUGAUG